CAGAAUGAAGUACAGAGUCAGAAAUUCAGUUCCAGUGCUUGGAUUGGAAUGUACAGUAACAUUUACAGCUGGCACUGGUCCUUUGGAUAUGAACCAGUGACAAAUAAAUUUGGAAAUUGGGAGGCUGGAGAGCCAAAUAACAAUAAUGGAGAUCAAAACUGUGGCCUUAUGACUCCCUGGGGUUGGGGGGAUAAGCAGUGUACUCAAAAUUACCCCUUUGUGUGCUUUGAUGAAACAAAAACUGGCAAUUACAGCUACACUUACAUAUCUAAUAGUGCACAAUGGCCUGAAGCUCAGGCUUACUGCAGACAGUAUCACACAGACCUGGCCAUUGCGAGAGAUGAAAAAGAAAACUCGGUUAUACAGGAGCUAGUCUCCGGCCUUACAUGGAUUGGAAUGAUAAAAGACCCCUGGAAGUGGAUAGAUCAUACCAACUUCUCUACUAUCAGCUGGAUGUCUGGACAACCUGAUAAUGGCCUGUGGGAUGAAAACUGUGGUUAUGUAUAUAUGGGUGAGGCCGCUGAUGCACAGUGCUCAGACAUUUUGCCUUUCUUCUGUUACUCAGUAAGCACAAAGCAACAAAUCAUGAAGAUGAAGAUCCAGUCCAGUCAGGAUUUGAAUGAUCCUGCAGUAAAUGCGGCCAUCUUGGAGAAGAUCAUGCAGAACCUGAAGGAUAAUGGGAUGGUAGAGGAGAUCAUGGUGAAAUGGAGAGUACAAUCAGAUGGAGAGGUGUUUCACAAGGAGAAAUAAACUAAUACUGCAAUAGAAAUAGGAGGUCUCUAAGUCUAUAGCUGUGUCUCAAAUACAGUAAUUCUGUAGUGCAUUAGUCAUUUUUGUUGAGUCGUAUGUUUACUCAGUAAAUGUAAUAAGACGUAGUUCACUAUUAGAGGGAUGGUGAAGGGGAAAUAAUUAUUUACUCACUUUAAAAAUCCAUAAUUUGUAUAUAGACAAUAUUCUUAUUGCUUUCCUUAUCAUAAGCAUUAACUAACCAUUUUAUUCAUGAUCAGGUAGAAUUCAUGGACUAUGUGAUGUAAGAAUCAGUGAUUAAUGUGCAGGAUUAAUGUGCAGAAUAUGUGUAGAAAUGUGCAGAAUAUCCCCCCUGCUGAGUCUCUCUUGCUUCCUCCUGUAGGAGCACAUGACUGUGCUCGUUUAAUUCACUGAGCUUUAAAGUUCUUAUAAUAGGCCUCAUUUAUCAAUAUUUUAGUAAAGUCGUGUGUAAAAACAACAAAGAAUGAACAAAAAAUUCCACCAGAUUUACAAAAGUUUUGGAAAGGCUGAUUUUCUUCAUACACACAUAUCUAAAAAAAAAUGCAAAGCACAUUCCCAAAAGAUCAAGCACACAGAGGGCUGGAAACAAAAUGAAAACAUGACAGAAGAGGCAGAAAGGUAGUUAUAUUGACUCACGUCUAUGCCAAUAAAACAUAUUUAGUAGUGUACCAGCACCUGAAAAUGUCAACAUCUUGAGGUAAAUUACAGAAAAGGUGAAAUAGGUGUGAAUUAAGUGAGGUGAAAAGAAAUUGGCUUCAUAUGAAAAUGGCAGAGAAAAAAAAUCAUGCCAACCAACAGGAAUCACAAAGAGGAAACUGCUAUUUUAAAAUGGUUUAUGGUGUCAUGGCCAAAGUGCUAGAUGUGUUGAAAAAGCUUUGUGGCAAAAUAGGAACAAUUUAAAAGCCAGCUUUCAUCCAUACUGGUCUUUAAACAUCCUUUCCCCCUUUCCCUCAUAUGCACAACCUUCUUCUUCUGCAUUUCUUUGGUUAUAAUUGAAUGACUAGUUUUAUUUGUUCUAAUUCAUGGGUUUGUGUUGGCUGGCUUCCUUUAUUUUUCAUAUUCUUUAAUUAUUGCCAAUGAUGGCUUAGUGGUUAAGGCUCUGGGUUACUGAUCAGAAGGUUGGGGGUCAUGGCUAACCCUUUGCUCUGACCCCAACUUCCUAACAGUCUGGCAUAUGCAAAGAAUGAAUUUGACUGUACUGUAAUGUAUAUCUGAUAAAUAAAGGCUUCUAUUCUAUUCUUUGAAAACAAAUGGGUUUCACGCAAUUUUCUUGAUAGUACUCUUAGGCUACAUUCACACUGCAGGCAACAGUAGCCCAAAUCAGAUUUACUGACCAAAUCCCAUUUUUUUGUUAAGCUAUGUGAAACUAUAUGUGGCCUAUAUCUGACAUUAGUCUGAAUAGAUCAUGCUCCUAAACUGACCUGCAUGUGCAAAGCAACAGUGAGUCAUGUGAUGUGUUCAAGCUUGCUGUAAAAGGGGCACAUUAUUCGACCAUGCCCACUUCUGUGGUUCACAUCAUUGGUUUCUUUAAAUUGCCUGUCUUUCUUUCAAAGUUAAUUUUAUUGUUUCUUUCAUACAAAUCAAUUUAACACAAUCCCUCAACCCUCACCGACUA